GCAGCGAGCACGGGCGAGGCCGAUGGACCAGCAGGCCGACCAGACGCGGCUGCUGCCCGAGGACAUGCUGGCCUGCGUCCUCGGCCGCCUCGCUCCACGCAGCCUCGCCACGUCCCGCUGCGUCUGCAAGGCGUGGCGGGACACCAUCGACGCCCGCUGCAUCCUGCGCGCGGACCUCCUCCCGCUCUCGCUGGCCGGCAUCUUCAUCAACUUCAACGAGCUGAGGUACUCGGAGUUCUUCUCCCGCCCGCCGCGGCCAGAGGGGCUCGUCGGCAACAGAGAGAGCAGGCAUGUCCAGUGCGCGAUGAAGGAUCACUGCAACGGCCUCGUCUUGCACUACAACAGGGUGGCCAACCCGGCGACGGGGUGGACGGCGCCCUUGCCGCCGCCGCCGCCGCCCAAAGGCGCCGGGAUGGAGUGCUUCGUCGACGAAGCCUACCUUGUGUACGAUCCCACGGUGUCGGCUCACUAUCAGGUGGUCUUGAUACCUUGCGUUCCUUACAUCGAGCUUGACAUAGAGCCGGGCGAAGAGAUUGACUUUGACGUCGACCCGGCGGUUUUAGAAUCGGAAUGGCCGCCGUCUUCGUGCGUCCAGCGGGUCUUCUCGUCGUCGGCCAAGCGAUGGGAGGAAAGGACCUUCUCCCGGGAAGGGGAGACUGCAGGAACGGUAGCCUAUUUGGGAACAGAUUGUUCAUGGAAUAAGCGCCACGCCGUCUACUGGCAUGAUGCACUGUAUGUGCAUUGCCAGAAAGGUUUCGUCAUGAGGUACGUAGCAACUGAUCACUUCUUGAGCAUUAUUAUUAUUAUUAUUUUAUCAUUUAUCAUUUCUAUUUUUAUCUGCUGGUUAUCGUUAUCAAACAGCACAUACCAAAUGAUUAAACGGCCGGGAGAUCUUGAACCCGAGAGCUGCACGGAUCUCAACCUCGGAAAGUCGAAAAAAGGAGUGUAUUUUGCAUUAGUUAGAGCCUCGCACCAAAUUCAGGUGUGGGUUCUCACUGAAUCGUGCGGUCAUAUUAAAUGGGUGCUGGAGCAUGACACGCGCCUUAAGUAUAACAACGGAAAGUACAUCAAACAUUUCGGCGGCAAUGCCACCACAGCAGUUGAAACAACAAUUGAAGAGAACUUUGAAUGGAACUCCGAUGAUGACAACGAUGAUGGUGUCGACACAAAAGAUGUGGUUGACAAAUGCAACCGUGGCAUUUAUUUCCUGGGAUUUCACCCUUUCAGAGAAAUCAUCUUCCUGGAGAGAAAUUUGAGCAGAGGCUUGGCGUAUAAUUUAAAUACUUCCAAGAUUCAAGACCUCGGUAACUUGUGUCCAAAGUAUUACGACGCUAUUGCCGGCCCACGUGGACUUAUUGAAGCAUCUUUUCCGUACACGCCUUGUUGGAUGAAAUAGUUCCAUGUAAAAAGAUCAUAUAGGUUGAUUUUGAGUAUUAGCGUAUAUUGGCUCUGUAGAACACAUACAAAGUAUA